GUUUGUUUGCAAAAAUUAAGAAAUUGUUAUUUGUUUUUUUUAAUAAAUUGAGUUGAAUUAAAAGUGGUUAGACUAACAAAUGGCUGCAUCGCGGUCUAGGCGUAAUAAUGCUGGCAAUAAAAUAGCCAAAUUGCUGGAUGAGGAAGAGGAAGAUGACUUUUACAAGACGUCCUAUGGCGGCUUUCAGGACGAGGAAGAGGACAAGGAAUAUAUUCAAAAGGAUGAAGAAGAGGAUGUUGUGGACUCGGAUUUUAGUAUCGAUGAACAGGAUGAACCAGUGUCCGACCAGGAAGAAGCACCCGAAAAGAAGCGUAAACGUGGUGGAGUCAACACUAAAGCUUAUAAAGAAACUAAACCUGCUCCAACAACGAAAAAAGAAGCAAAAUCAGUAGCCGCUCUGCAUAAGAAACGUCCUGGAGCUGGUGUGACCAAACGGCGAGUGCGUCCCCGCUUUACAAUACUUGACUCAGGUCGAAAAUCUAUACGCACAUCCACAGCCAUUAAGACACAGGCCACAAAAAUCCGAUUAAAGGAGCUGGACGAUGCUCGUAAGCGUAAGAAAAAGAAGGUGCGUGUGGAGGAUUAUAUGCCCACGCAGGAGGAGCUACUGGAGGAGGCCAAGAUAACUGAAGAGGAGAACAUCAAGUCAUUGGAGAAAUUUCAAAAAAUGGAACUGGAGAAGAAAAAGACUCGUCCCACAAAGCGUGUGUUUACUGGCGCAACGAUACACUAUCAUUCGAUGACGAUGCCUGUGAUGCGUAAACCCACACGUGGCACCACUCUGCCCCAUGAUCCCAACGAUCCGGAAUCCAAAUGCGAGCGUACAUUUGUCACAUUAGAGAAUGACUUCAAUGACAAGGUCUUUAAAACGAUUUUCCGACCCAAACUGAAGCCAAAAAGCAGCAAUGGCAUUUGUCCCAUCACCAGAUUGCCGGCACGCUAUUUUGAUCCGGUUACGCAGCAGCCCUAUUAUAGUAUACAAGCGUUUAAGAUUCUACGCGAGGCCUAUUACAUGCAACUGGAGGGCAACAGCUCGUCGCAUGCGGAUCAGCCUGAAAUGGCCAAGUGGUUGGAAUGGCGCAAAAUGAUUAAAGAGAAUCGACAGAAAUCCCAAAUGCCCAGCAAGAAUGGCUAGAAUUCGAACGGCUACCAAGUUAAUUUAUUAGUUUCCUACAAUACGAAUAACUACUACUACCCUUACUAUAUCCAAAUGCCAAUACAAAAUGCGAAUUUUCACUAUAAAACUUAA